GUCAAUAGUCGUCAAUACAGCAAGGAGCGUAGGAGCCAUCAGGACACACGAGUAAAGUAAGGACAGACAGCGAGCGGGAGAGGGACCAGCAGAGCAGGGAGAUGGAGUUGGAGAUGGAGGAUUCGAUAUCGUCACCGGUGCGCAGGACAGAGAAGGCGGCGUACGAACAGUUGGAAGAGAUCCGAACUUCAAUGGAGGACAUCGUUGCGAAAAUGCUCUUCAUAAAGAAGGAAGGGAGACCCAAAGCCGAACUAAGAGAGCUCGUCACUCAGAUGUCUCUCCACCUGGUCAACCUCCGUCAGGUAAAUCGUUCUAUAUUGCUAGAAGAGGAUCGUGUUAAAGCAGAAACAGAACGUGCUAAGGCACCAGUAGAUUUCACUACAUUGCAGCUUCACAAUUUGAUGUAUGAGAAAAWUCAUUUUGUGAAAGCCAUAAAGGUGUGCAAAGAUUUCAAGUCAAAGUAUCCGGAUAUUGAACUUGUGCCUGAGGAAGAGUUUUUCAGUUCAGCCCCUCAAGAUAUUAAAGGAUCUGUACUAUCAAAAGACAGUGCACAUGACCUGAUGCUAAAGCGGCUUAAUUUUGAGCUUUUCCAGCGAAAAGAACUCUGCAAACUUCAUGAGAAACUGGAGCAACACAAGAAAAGCCUUAUGGAGACCAUUGCAAACCGAAAGAAGUUCCUUUCAAGUCUCCCUUCACACCUGAAAUCUCUGAAGAAAGCAUCCUUGCCUGUCCAACACCAACUGGGGGUUCUGCAUACAAAGAAAUUAAAACAGCAUAUUUUAGCAGAAUUACUGCCACCUCCACUCUAUGUGAUUUAUUCACAAUUGCUGGCUCAGAAGGAGGCAUUUGGGGAGAGUAUUGAAUUGGAAAUUAUAGGAAGCAUGAAGGAUGCUCAAGCCUUUGCCCACCAGCAAGCAAUUAAGGACAAUGGUGUUUCUACAAAUACAGAAAUGAAUAAGUUGGAGGAUGAUGUGCCUGACGAGGAAGAGGAUGGCCAAAGAAGGAGAAAACGGCCAAAGAAGGUUACUGGAAAAGAGAACCUUGACCAAUCAGGAAUCUAUCAAUCUCAUCCUCUUAAAAUCAUCCUUCAUAUACAUGAUGAUGAGGUUUCAAAUCCCAAGCCUACAAAACUGGUUACUCUGAGGUUUGGAUACUUAUUGAAGUUGAAUGUUGUAUGUGUUGGRAUUGAUGGCUCUCAAGAAGGACCUCAGAACAACAUCUUAUGCAACUUGUUUCCUGAUGAUACUGGUACUGAGCUUCCCCAUCAGUCAGCUAAGCUCUUUGUUGGUGAUGCUGCUGGAUUUGACGAAAGGAGAACCUUACGUCCAUAUAAGUGGGCCCAACAUUUGGCAGGAAUUGAUUUUCUACCUGAGGUGUCUCCUUUGCUUACGGGCUGUGAAACUCAAAGCAGUGAAAUGGGCAAAAGUUCUGCGGUUAUUUCUGGCCUUGCUCUUUAUCGUCAGCAGAAUCGGGUACAAACAGUUGUGCAAAGAAUCCGCUUGCGGAAAAAGGCUCAGAUGGCUCUUGCGGAGCAGCUUGAUUCCUUAAUGAAGCUUAAAUGGCCUGCAUUGAUUUGUGAACAUGUUCCAUGGGCCUCGCAUACCCCUUUGUGCAAUUUGCAGAGUUGGUCAUCUAUAGGACCCUCAUCUAAUCAGGUUUCAUCUUUGUCUGGCAAUGCCAUGGGACAAAUUCCUGACCCUUUAGACCUUGAUGUGGAUGGGAGAUCUGGUGUGUCAAGGGAAGAGAUAGAGAGUGCUAGGGAAGAUGGGGAACUUCCAUCUGUUGCUCAGGUUUCAACUCCCAUAAAUGAUGCUAAUCUCCUUGAUUCUAAACCCCUCCCAGCAAAAUCAUCUGAUCUUGAACAUUCUAGAGACCUGGCUUUAAUUUCAAAGAGCUCAGUUGCUCCUAUCAACAAGUUAAAAUCUCAAAGUUUCAAGAAACAUGAUGAGGAUUUAGAUAUUCUACUGGAUACUGAGAGUGAUAUGGAAGAAGUUGCAUUAACUGAGCUAGAGAAUGAAAAUGCCACAAGUAUUGGAUGCUCUAAGGUGAUUGACAAGUCAUGGGAGGACUAUGGGUCCAUGGAGUUUUGCUUGGUUCUGAGUAGGAAAAUGGAUAAGAGUCAGCGAAAUGUGAAGUUGGAAGCAAAGGUGAAGAUCAGCAUGGAAUAUCCUCUCAGGCCUCCGGUUUUCACUGUCAAGUUGUAUACCAUCAUGCCAGGAGAAAGUCAUGAGAGGAAUGCUUCUGAAUGGUAUAAUGAACUCCGUGCCAUAGAAGCAGAGAUCAAUCUUCAUGUCGUAAAGAUUCUGCCAGUGGAUUACGAGAAUUACAUCUUAGCUCACCAAGUAUGCUGUCUUGCAAUGCUAUUCGACUUCUACAUGGAUGAGGCGUCCCCAUUUUCUGAAAUGAGAAAGAGUACUUCUGUGGUAGAUGUUGGUUUGUGCACCCCAACUACUGGAAGAAUACUUGCAAGAUCUUUCAGGGGAAGAGAUCGGAGGAAGAUGAUCUCUUGGAAGGAUAUGGAGUGCACACCCGGAUAUCCUUGCUAGAACUUUUGGUCUAGGAGUGCAAUGGUGACAACAAUCAUGCUGGUUGUGUUCCAAAAUAAUUGCCAGAAGUGGGAUUUAUUUUAUGGCUUUCUAGUGAACAGCGAUUUUCUCAUUUCGAAUCUUCUAUUUUAAAUAAUUUUGGGUCAGCAAAUCGUCUCAUAUCUCCUUUGUGGAAAUAACAUCAUUGCUGGUAGUUAGACCAGUAUCAGGGUUAUGCAUGGCAACAUAAUCAGCUUUUAACUGAUCUAAGGUUUGAAUCCAUUGUAAAUCUAAA